AGUGCGGGCGGGCAGCUCUCCGAGGGGCCGCAGCGCAGCGGAACCAUGCAGUACCCUCACCCCGGGCCGCCGGCCGCGGCGGGCGCCGUGGGGGUGCCGCUGUACGCGCCCACACCGCUGCUGCAGCCUGCUCACCCGACGCCGUUCUACAUCGAGGACAUUCUGGGCCGUGGGCCCGCCGCUCCCACGCCCACCCCCACGCUGCCGUCCCCCAACUCCUCCUUCACCAGCCUCGUGUCCUCCUACCGGACCCCAGUGUACGAGCCCACGCCGAUCCAUCCUGCCUUCUCGCACCACCCCGCCGCUGCGCUGGCCGCCGCCUACGGCCCCGGUGGCUUCGGAGGUCCUCUAUACCCCUUCCCGCGGACAGUGAACGACUACACGCACGCCUUGCUUCGCCACGACCCCCUGGGCAAACCCUUGCUCUGGAGUCCCUUCUUACAGAGGCCUCUGCAUAAAAGGAAAGGCGGCCAGGUGAGGUUCUCCAACGACCAGACCAUCGAGCUGGAGAAGAAGUUCGAGACCCAGAAAUACCUCUCCCCGCCCGAGCGGAAGCGUCUGGCCAAGAUGCUGCAGCUCAGCGAGAGACAGGUCAAAACCUGGUUUCAGAAUCGACGAGCUAAAUGGAGAAGACUAAAGCAGGAGAACCCUCAAAGCAAUAAAAAGGAUGAACUGGAAAGUUUGGACAAUCCCUGUGAGCAGAGGCAAGACUUAUCCAGUGAACAGAAUAAAGGUGCUUCUUUGGAUAGUUCUCAUUGUUCACCCUCCCCUGCCUCCCAGGAAGACCUUGAUUCAGAGAUUUCUGAGGAUUCUGAUCAGGAAGUGGACAUCGAGGGAGAUAAAGGCUAUUUUAACACUGGAUGAUGAUCACUGGCAUUAGCAUGUUCAGAAAAUUGGAUGGGAAAUAACAUUUUGCUACAGAAAACACAGAAGAACUAGAAA